CUUCUUAGAUGUUGUCAUUGCGUGCUAUUCCACCAACACGCGAUCGUGGAAGGAACAGGUUCGAAGCCGACCUUUCGAGCACCAUAUCGGCUCAGCCCCACGGAGCUAGCCGACAUGAAGAAAUAGAUCGAGUAUCUCCUCGCAAAAGAACUCAUCCGACCAUCUAUUUCGCCACACGGUGCCCCAAUACUCGUCAUGCCGAAACGAGACGGAAGCCUGCGCAUGUGCAUCGAUUACCGAGCUCUCAACAAGCAGACCAUCAAGAACAAAUACCCAAUCCCACGAAUCGAUGACCUGCUUGACCAGCUUCGUGGA